AUGGCCAAUGAAGGCGGUGACGGCAACAAUGGUAGUAGUAGUAGUGGUGUCAACAAAAAGUCACAGUCUCAAGAGGUUCAAAUUCAACCACACCCAGUGAAAGAGCAAUUACCUGGAGUUCAAUAUUGCAUUAACAGUCCUCCGCCUUGGCCUGAAGCGGUGGUAUUGGGAUUCCAGCAUUACAUUCUAACUCUUGGCAUGACUGUUCUGAUUCCAACUAUGAUUGUUCCUCAGAUGGGUGGGGGCGAUGCUGAGAAGGCCAUGGUGAUACAGAAUCUGCUGUUUGUUUCUGGACUAAGCACAUUUCUGCAAUCUUUGUUCGGAACCCGACUUCCAACUGUAGUUGUUGGUUCGUACACCUACGUGAUACCCACUAUUUCAAUUGUCCGAGCCAGCAGAUACAAGUCAUACACAGAUCCUUAUGAGAGGUUCACUCACACAAUUAGAGGGAUACAAGGCGCCUUGAUCGUAAGUGCAUGUUUCCAAAUGGUUAUGGGAUUCUUGGGCAUUUGGAGGAAUGCCGUAAGGUUCCUUAGCCCACUUUCUGUAGUAUCUUAUGUAACUUUCUCUGGACUUGGUCUCUAUCAUCUUGGUUUCCCAUUGCUGGCAAACUGUGUUGAAAUUGGGCUUCCAGCACUGAUUGUUAUGGUUUUCAUCUCACAGUAUCUCAAUCGUUUGAUAAGCACCAAGAAGCCUAUAUAUGAACGAUUUGCCGUGUUGUUUUCCAUUGCAAGUGUAUGGUUAUUUGCACAGCUCCUGACAUCAAGCACUGUAUAUAAUAAGAAGCCAGAAAGUACACAAACUAGUUGCCGCACUGAUCGUUCUGGACUUUUUAGUGCUACUCCGUGGGUAUAUUUUCCUUACCCCUUCCAAUGGGGGAGUCCUACCUUCAACUAUGGAGAAUCUUUUGCUAUGAUGACUGCUUCUUUUGUUUCUCUUUUUGAGUCUACUGGUACGUUUUACGCUGCGGCAAGAUAUGGAAGUGCAACACCCGUGCCACCUUCUGUUAUCAGCCGCGGAACUGGUUGGUUGGGAGUAGCCUCUUUUCUCAAUGGCAUGUUUGGUUCUGUAACUGGAUGUGCGGCAUCUGUGGAAAAUGCUGGAUUAUUGGCAUUGACAAGAGUGGGAAGCCGAAGAGUCAUCCAAAUAUCAGCUGCCUUUAUGAUUUUCUUCUCUGUAUUUGGAAAAUUUGGAGCAAUUUUUGCUUCUAUACCUUUGCCAAUCAUUGCAGGAUUAUACUGCGUUUUCUUCGGCUAUGUCUCUUCUGCGGGUCUUGGUUUUCUCCAGUUCUGUAACCUUAACAGUUUCAGAACCAAAUUCGUGUUGGGCUUCUCAUUCUUCCUCGGCAUUUCUAUACCACAAUAUUUCAAAGAAUAUUAUCAUGUGAAGCAUGAUCACGGAUGGUUCAAUGAUAUGGUUACCGUUAUCUUCACGUCUCAUACAACGGUGGCUGCGUUGGUUGCUUUCAUUUUGGACUUUACACUCUCACGUGAAGAUAAAGCAGCACGAAACGACAAUGGUUUGCAGUGGUGGGAGAAGUUCAGUAUAUAUAAAGCUGAUGUUCGGAACAAUGAAUUCUAUGCUUUACCAUGCAGACUCGAUGAGCUUUUCCCCUCUCUUUAA